UGCGAGUCGAUUUCUGACAGUAUCAUACUCAAAUUUGCACGCGUGACUCUCACGAAUAAGCUAAUUUUCGCAGUUUUUUUUCUCCUCAAGUGAACACCUAAAUUAACAUCCCAGAAUGUCUGUGUGGGAAGGAAAGAAGUACAAACUCGACAGGUCAGAUAACUUCGAUGAAUACAUGAAGGCCCUAGGUGUUGGAAUGGUUCUGCGCAAAAUGGGCAAUACUGUGUCACCCACAGUGGAGCUGGUGAAGACUGGCGAUGAGUACACCUUCAACACAACGUCCACCUUCAAGAGCACCACCAUCAAGUUCAAGCUUGGUGAGGAGUUCGAGGAGGAGACUGUGGAUGGACGCAAAGUGAAGAGCGUGUGCACUUUGGACGGUCCCAAUAAACUCAUUCACGAUCAGCGAGGUGAGAAACCUACGGUGAUUGUGCGUGAGUUCACCGCCACGGAUCUUACUGCCGUAAGUGUCUAUAUAUCCACGUUCAUCUUAUCAUCCACUUUCUCAUAUCUUUUAUGCGAGAGAGCAAGGAGAAAAAAAAAUUAAAAUUGUCACACAAAAGCAAGAAAAUUGCAUUUCAAUCGGACUUGAUUAAUUGAUUCAAUUCCCGCCAAUUGAGACUUUGAAUGUGCCUUUUCAGCAUCCGAAUUAAAUCUAAUUGUAUCUGUUUUUCUUUUCCUACCCUUUUCAUAAUUAUCUGCAGACAAUGACUGCUACCGGUUCUGGCGGUGAAGAAGUUAAAUGCGUCCGCUACUACAAGGCUGUAUAAAGUGGAUGGUAUACGUACCAGUCAAAACUAAUUGAGGAGGAGAAGAAAUUAAUGAAAAAACCAGUCAGAGAUCAAAUCCUCGAAAUCUUCCUCAAUUGAAACACCAAAAAAAAACAUCACUCAAGCAUUUUCUAAUCACUUCUGCUAGCCAUCACUUUCAUCUCAACGGGAGCAUUUUUCCAAAUCGUCCAACAAAAUGGGAAGAAAUCCAAAAAAAAAGAAAACAAUUACCUUCUUCUGAGACGAAGGGGAGUGUUUUUUUGUUGUUGUUAGAGAAAUAAGAAAAAUGUACAGAAAGUGAAACAUUAAAAAAAAACAUUCCAAAAUUA